CUUCAAAGGCAGCUCUCUCCACUAUUUUCUUUCCUUUUUUUUUUCCUCUCUCAUAAAUCAACAAAAAAAAUCCUACUCUCAAAUUCUUCCAGAAAAAUCCCUAAAUAAAAUUCACAAAAUCUCAAUUAUCAACUUUAUCAUUGAUUAUCAAUCUUAAUUUUAUCCCUGAUUUUUUCAAUUUUAAUUUCUAUCAUUUUCUUGAUUUUUUCUUCAAUCCCCCCUUUUGAAACCCUAAAUUCUCAUUUCCACAUCCCAAACCCUAAUUUCGCAAUCAUUUGCCUUUCUGAUUGUGUAAUUAGUUCCGAAUUUAUUGAUUUCAAGAGGAAUUGAAUAAAUACCCUAAAAUAAAAUUAAAAAUAAAAAAAAUUUAUGGCGAGUUUCGAAGAGAAUCGCGAGUUGUCGACUAGCAAGCCAUCGAUUUCGUCGAAGAAUUCUGUGUUUAGUCGGUCAAUGACGACGCAUUCUUCCGUCGCGAAUACCUUCUCGAAGAAAGGAUACGUUUCGUCUGCCGCUUCGACGGUCGUUGAUCGAAACGCGGCGAAUAUGAAGAAAUGGUACAGCAAUACCUUUGAUUCAGCUGGUACUUCAAUCAAAGGGAAGGUUAGGCAGCUUCGAAAUUUGUUUGAAUCCCAAAAAUCAUCAAAUAAUAAUAAUCAUAAUAAUAGUAUUGUUAAAUGUAAUUCCCAAAAAGUUGAAGAAUCGCCUUAUAAUCAUCAUUUAGCAAAAUUAAGACCUGCUAAAUCAUUCAGUUCUGAUUUUAAGGAUUGUUGGUCGAUUUUGGAUGUUUCUACCAUUCGAUUUCCGGGUACUGAGGAUAGAGUUGUGGUAUAUUUCACUAGUUUGAGGGGAAUUCGGAGAACCCGGGAGGAUUGCGAUGCUGUCCGGAUGAUUUUCCGGGCUUAUAAAGUGUUCGUCGAUGAAAGGGACGUUUCGAUGGACGCUGCUUAUAGGAAGGAGAUACAGGGGUUGCUUGGUGAGAAGAAUGUGACAUUGCCACAGGUUUUUAUUAAGGGGAGGUAUGUAGGUGGGGUUGAGUUGAUCAGGCAGUGGAACGAAACCGGUGAGCUUCGAAAGAUUCUUCAGUCAUUGCCAACGAGGGAUAGACGGUUCGUGUGUGAUAGUUGUGGUGAUGUGAGGUUCUUGCCCUGCUCCAACUGUAGUGGUAGUAGGAAGAUAUUCGACGAGGAUGAGGAGGUGAUGAAGAGGUGCUUGGAGUGCAAUGAAAACGGGCUGAUUCGAUGCCCGGAGUGUUGUCUGUGAAUUACUCCCAUGAUCACUACUUAUGUGAUCCAGGUAUAUUGGUGUGAAAAUGAUAAUUGAGUAGCUAGUUUGUGUGUUUUUAGCUUAUGGUCUGGCUUGAAUAUAACCCCCUUUUUACGGUUUCAGCCUUAUCGCGGAGAUUUGGUUGUACAUUGUUCAUAGACUCGUGAUGAACAAUAAUUAUGUAUGUCAUUGAUACAAAUGAUACUUUAUAGUAUGUACUGAACUAGUGUGACUCCUUGCCGAAAAAUGAAAAAAUAAAAAAAAAUAUUCAAACAUAUUGAAUAGAGGAGAUUAGCAUGUUAGUGCUGGUGUGCUCCAUUGUAGCUUGGGAGAUGAUGGGCAUUUCCCUUGACUUGCAGUGUAAAUUUACUAUGUUGUAUAUAUUAAUGACUCUUUUUUCCUUUUCGCAAUUGCGCAAACUGAAGCUGUUGUAAUGAGAAGGGCUAUACUAUGGUUUUUGCCCAUUGGAAUGAAUGAGAAUUCCUUUGAGCUUUUGACUCAAUUUUGUGACUCAAA